AUGCUGCAUCAUCAUUGCCCCGACUUGAGGGCUCUCUACGUCGAAUACCCUCCGACAAGAAGGCAUCCGACCGGAAAUGAACAUGCCAACAAGCUUCACAAUGCUCACCCAACGUGUCGAACCCUUGACUUCGAGCUCUUUGUGAACCUGACUGAGCUCAGCCUACUGAGGCUCUCUGGCGACUUGCGUCUAUGGCGGCAGAAAAUCUUGAAGAUUAUACUCCACUCCCCCAACCUUACAAAACUCGGUCUGUCAAUUGGCUAUGCCACAACGGUCCACCUGGGAGACAAUACAUCGCCAUCAUCUGAGGCGCGUAUUGAGACCGGAUUCUUUGACGAUCUUUGUGGUGACUAUCACGCCUCCGGCACCAGACGGCUGCACCUGAAGACAUUUCAUUUCGGCAGUGGAAUACCGAUCCGAGAUGCCAUGUCUUUAGGUAACCUGACUGAUCCUACGUUUCUGGAAGAGAUAAUAGUUGAUCAGGGGAGGCUUGAUGUCUCGGCUCUCUUGCAAAAUGUUAUCUUGCGAGAGAUGACUCCACGUUUGCGACGCCUUCUCAUUGUCAACUCUUGCGAACACAAAGCCAAGAAGGAGAUUCUGAGGCUUCUAGAAGCUGGAGGACUAUUACCUCAGCUCGCGCUCUACCUCUACACUGGCCUAACCCGAGAUAUUAUUGAAUUUCCUGGACGACAAGACGGCAGUGUACUUCGCUCAAGAAUGGUAAAGGUAGAAGUCGAUGGCCUGCCUGAUGGCUUGGAUGGCAUUGCUGCAGACCUGGAUGGGCAGGUCCCUGAGGGCCUUUGCCUGCUUGCCAUACUAGACCGAGACCCAGCACCAGCACUCGAAUCGGUCACAGGAUUUAUCAACAAGUUUUCAGAGGUUGCACAACAAUUUCCAAAACUGAACCAAGUCCUUAUUGAAUUAUCGUUUGGAAGUGAGACACCGAGUCUCUCACGCCAUGAUCUGACUCGCACAGCGGAGCUACUAGCUAGCAACGUGCCGCAACUUUGCUACAUCCAUCUAUGUGGCGUGUUCUGGAAGGUAUGCACAAGCCUUGACGAAGGACCAGAAGUUGUCGAGCUGGACUUCAGUGAUCUAGAGGAGAUCGAGCUGUUCAAGAUGAUAUGUGACGGUCUACACUAA